CGCAUCCACAAGGCUUAUUUCCGGCUGCCGGCUGUUCAAAGCAUCCGCCACCGCGAGAGUCCUCAGGCCGCGUGAUCGCCUUAUAGCCAUGCGUGCAAGCUGAAUCACGACAAGAUUUAGAAGCGCGAAGUCGUGAUUGCCAGGGCAAAGUCAGACACAUGUUCUUCUGUCAACCACAACACACCUUGAUGUCUGCUCGAGCUUGCACUCGCUCGCUACCAACCGCCUUACUCAUCCGCAAUACUACCUGGGCCUCACACCUUCCACGUUCUGCGUUCUCGCUCAAAGUAGGCCAUCCAACUCAGACAUCAGAUCACACCACUCGUGCCACCCGGUUGCACCUUCAAAAGACUGCGUCCAGCUUCCUGAGUAAGCGCAAUUUUGCAACAGCUGCGACGGCUUCCGCUGCUGCCGCUACCACCGCUGCUCUCUGUGCGUCCGUACCCAUUCAGGCCGACGAAGCCCGCGAAUCGACUUCAAAUCCGACGGACUUUUCGCAAAUCGCCGCAAACAUGGCGCCUGUACCCGAUGGAGCGACCGCAAACGGUCAAACGAAGCACAAGGUCGUCAUCAUCGGCUCCGGUCCCGCUGGUCACACUGCCGCCAUCUAUCUCGCACGUGCCAAUCUGGAGCCGGUCCUCUUCGAGGGUCUUCUCGCCAACGGCCUCGCGCCGGGUGGACAACUGACAACCACUACGGAUGUGGAAAACUUCCCCGGCUUUCCCGACGGUAUUCGUGGACCCGAGAUCAUGGACAAGUUCCGAGCUCAAUCGGAGCGAUUUGGCACGAAAAUCUACACCGAGACGAUUUCCAAGGUCGAUCUCUCCGAAAGGCCAUUCAAAUUUUGGAGAGAGGGCAAGGAAGCAGAGCCUGCUGAGCUGGCGGAUACCAUCAUCAUGGCUACUGGUGCAUCUGCAAGAAGAAUGAACUUGAAGGGCGAAGAUGUGUACUGGCAGAGCGGUAUCAGUGCGUGCGCAGUGUGUGAUGGCGCCGUUCCCAUCUUCCGUAACAAGCCUCUCGCUGUGAUCGGCGGUGGAGACAGCGCAGCGGAAGAGGCCACGUACUUGACCAAGUAUGGUUCUCACGUCUAUGUUCUCGUCAGAAGGGACGAGCUGCGCGCUUCCAAGAUUAUGGCGAAGAGAUUGGUCAACCACCCAAAGGUGACUGUGCUGUUCAACCACGUGGCGACCGAAGCAAAGGGUGACGGCGAACUUUUGAACGCACUUGCGAUCAAAAACACCAAGACGGGAGAGGAGAAGGACCUGCAAGUCAAUGGUCUCUUUUAUGCAAUCGGUCACGACCCAGCGACGAACCUUGUCAAGGGUCAGGUGGAAUGCGACGCAGAUGGCUACAUUGUCACCAAGCCCGGCACCGCUCAGACGAGCAUCAAGGGUGUCUUUGCGGCCGGAGAUGUGCAGGACAAGAAGUAUCGCCAGGCCGUCACGUCGGCGGGAUCAGGCUGCAUUGCUGCCCUCGAAGCCGAACGAUUGCUUGCUGAGGAAGAGGAGGAGGCGGCAUGAAUGUGCUGCGCACUCCAAGGCCAGCGUCUCGUUCUUUGUUGAGGUCUUCAGACCUUGACCCGUCUACAUCGCUCGAUCGCGCCUCAAAAUGAGACUUUUCAUAGAGCUCUGCGGGGCUGUGGCUGGGAUGGUUCUCUAGCAAUUUGACUUUGGCUUACGUCCAUCUGUAAAGUUUGACGGUCGCCAGACUGUCGUCCGCGCCCCGAACGAUUGGGAAAGUGUCUGAGACGAUUGAGCGAAGUUCAAAGCUUUGUCGAGCCGAGGGCUCGCAUGAAAGACAAGAACGGGUGCGUUCAACGACACCGCCCUCUAGUGCU